AUGACCGCUGUGAGGGGGCAUCUCACGCAACUAGACUUCCACCAGGAGUUCAAAAAGUGGGAGUACCCACCACCAGAUCGCCUCUUUGACGCACCUGUCCAGACAAGCUACCCGAAUGACAUGAAAGUUAUUGCCCAGAAUAUUGAAAGCCAGGCUCGUCAAGCUGACAUACUCUAUAUCUGGACGGAUUGUGAUCGAGAAGGUGAACACAUCGGGAGCGAGAUCCGGGAGGCCGCAAGGAAGGGCAAGAGGAACAUUCAAGUCUUUAGGGCAAGGUUCAGCAAUAUCGAACGAGCACAUAUUUUAUCUGCGGCCCGACGCCCGGUACCCUUGGAUGAAAGGCAGGCUGAAGCAGUCGCUGCGCGUAUCGAGCUGGACCUGAGAAUCGGAUCUGCAUUUACCCGCUUUUUGACGUUGAGUCUGCAAAGACUUGGAGGACCAUUGGACGGCCUGGUGCUCAGCUAUGGAUCCUGUCAAUUUCCGACUCUCGGUUUCGUUGUCGACCGAUACUUCCGCGUCCGGAAUUUUGUACCGGAACCAUUCUGGUCCAUCAAGGUGAUGCAUGAAAAAGAAGGCGCCAAAGUCCACUUCAACUGGUCCCGAAACCGUUUGUUUGACAGGUUGUCCGUGUUAAUCUUUUACGAAAGAUGUCUUGCCGCCAAAAUUGCAAAGGUCACGGAUAUCAAGGAAAAGCAGACCAAGAAAUGGAAACCCCUCCCCCUCACCACCGUUGAGCUUCAAAAGAUGGCCACACGGUUUCUCCGAAUGACAGGUCAAGAAGCAAUGACGGUAGCAGAGAAACUAUAUCAGAAGGGCUUCAUCAGCUAUCCCAGGACAGAGACGGACCGCUUCGACAAGGGCAUGAACCUGCGGGCGCUCGUCCAAAAGCAUACCCAGGACCAUCGCUGGGGCCCCUUCGCACAUAAUCUAGUCGACGGUGCCUUCCAGCAACCUCGUCAAGGCAAGAACGACGACAAGGCCCAUCCUCCCAUUCACCCCAUCACAUACGCGGCACCCACUGUGCUUGACGAACAGGAAAGAAAACUCUACGAGUUCGUGGUCCGUCGAUUCCUCGCCUGCUGCUCUGAAGACGCCCGGGGAGCAACCACCGACGUCGAAAUCACCUACGGAGAAGAAAAGUUCGUCGCCCAUGGCCUGAUCGUCCACCAGCGCAACUACCUUGACGUCUACCCUUACGAGAACUGGACUGGAACGACCGAGCUACCGAGAUUUACUGUCGGUGAGACGUUCGAACCGACCGAGGCCAUGAUGACAGAAGGCAAGACGACUGCCCCCAACUAUUUGACCGAGGCAGAUCUGAUCGCCCUGAUGGACGCGAAUGGCAUCGGCACUGAUGCAACCAUGGCCCAGCAUAUUGAGAAGAUCAAAGAGAGACAGUACGUUUCAGUCAUUGAGCGAGGAGGCAGCGGAGGUGCUGGUAACGACGAGGACGACGACGCUCCAGCUGGUGGCGCCCGGGGCGGACGCGGUGGUCGGGGAGGACGUGGAAGAGGUGGUGGACGUGGCGGGCGAGGAGGGGGAAGCGGCGGUGGUGGCGGUGGCCGUGAUGGUGUCAAAGAGUUUAUCCCGACCAGUCUCGGCGUCGCCUUGAUUAUGGGCUUUGAGAGGAUGAACUUCGAAACCAGCCUCGGCAAACCUUUUCUCCGCAAGGAGAUGGAACUCAAAAUGAAGGCGAUCUGCGAAGGCCGGCUUACAAGGGAUGCUGUCUUGCGGGAGAGUAUCGCCAGUUAUCGCCAUGUUUAUGACCAGUCACGGGAGGAGGUCAACUUGCUGAAAGCUGUGAGUCCCUAA